AUGGGUUUCUCUGAAUGGUUUAUUGGAUUGAUUUUUAGGAUUGUAUCAAAUAAUUGGUAUUCAGUUCUAGUUAAUGGCCAACCACAUGGUUUUUUCAAGUCAACCAUAGGGGUGAAGCAUGGUGACCCUCUGUCACCUACACUAUUUAUACUAGCUGCAGAGGCAAUGUCAAGGGGUAUAAAUGUUUUACAUCAUAAUCUUUACUUUUGUGGAUUCGGAAUGCCGAAGUGGAGCCCUAAGAUCAACCAUCUUGCUUAUGCAGAUGACGCAAUCAUUUUCUCAUGCUCAGAUGCUACUUCUUUAAGAUUGAUUAUGGAAGUUAUAAAUGCUUACGAAGCAACAUCUGUACAACUAAUCAACAAGGCAAAAUCUGUAGUUUAUGUUCACCAUUCUACAAGGGAUGAAGUUGUUAGAAAGAUUGAAGUAAUAACUGGUAUACAGAGAAAGGAUUUCCCAUUAAUCUAUCUGGGUUGUCCUAUUUUUUACAAAAGGAGAAAAAUGGAGUAUUAUGAAGAUUUGAUAUCAAAAGUGCUGGAUAAACUCCAAGCGUGGAAAGGGAAACUAUUAUCUAUCGGAGGAAGGGCAGUACUAAUCAGCAGUGUGUUGCAAACCAUGACAAUUCAUCUACUUUCUGCAGUAAAUCCACUGGCCUAUGUUUUAAACAAACUACAUAAGUUAUUUGUGAGAUUCUACUGGAGCAAUUCUAUUGAUGGCAGAGCUAGACAUUGGGCAUCUUGGGAUACUUUAUGCUUACCUAAACAUGAAGGAGGAGUGGGAUUUCGACCCUUAAAUGAUAUGUCAAAUGCUCUCUUUUGCAAGCUAUGGUGGAACUUCAGGACUAAGCCAUCUUUAUGGGGCUCUUUUAUGAGUCAAAAAUAUUUGAAGAAGAUGCAUGCAACUGUUGUUCCUUGGAGAGGUGGAUCACACGUUUGGAGAAAAAUGUUGGAACGCAGAGACUCUACUGAACAUCUGAUUUUCUGGAAACUAAAAAUGGGAUCUUCCCUAUUUUGGUUUGACAAUUGGACAUGCUUGGGGUCCCUUUACUUUGUAAUUCCCCCGGAGUUUAUAGUUGAUGAAAUAAUCCAUAAUGUGAGUUAUGUUGUUGUGGAAGGGCAGUGGGAUGGACAUAAAAUUAGAGAAAUAUUGCCAGGUGACUUAGCUAUGCACACCAUACAAGCUCCAUCAAUGAAUGAUGAACUGGACAAACCUAUCUGGUGUUUGGAAACAAGAGGUCAAUUCACGGUUAAGUCAGCUUGGGAAUAUUUGAGGAGAAGGAAAGAUCCAGCUACUACACACGAAAAGAUAUGGGUUAAAGGAUUGCCUUUUAAGAUCUCAUUUUUUAUGUGGAAACUAUGGAAAGGUACGCUACCACUUGAUGAUGUAAUUAGAAGGAUGAGAUACUACAUGCCAUCUAAAUAUUGGUGGUGUGUAAUGCCAAAGGAAGAGAUAUUAAGCCAUGUUUUCUAUCGAUCACUCACAGCCUUAAAGGUUUGGUCUUACUUCUAUUCUCAUGCUAGAUUAUCUCUUGAGGGCUUAAACCUGCAUCAGGCUAUUGUGAAAUGCUGGACAACAAAGGUAAUUCCGAGACUCGAACCAAUAUUCCAAGCACUGCCUAAUAUAAUUGUGUGGGAACUAUGGAAAAGGAGGAACAACAACAAGCAUGAUGUGGCCUCGAGAGGUAAUCCAGGUAGGAGUUCAAUUGACUUUUACUUGAGGAAUGAGGAAGGAGAUCUAGUCUAUUCGUGUGGAAAAGAAAUUCAAGAGGUGACAAACACUCAAGUAGAAACAAGGGCAAUUUUGGAGGCCCUGAAACAUUAUUUGACUAAUGAGAUGAAUAACAUAUGGGUAGAAACUGAUUCUAUACUGCUUAAGAAGGUCAUCACAAGGGAGUGGAAACCACCAUGGGUUAUUGAGGAGGAAGUGAAAGAGAUAAGGCAGAUGCUAAUGCUGUGCAAUGGCAGGAUAACACAUAUUUUCAGAGAGGGGAACAAGCUAGCUAAUCAUUUGGCAAACUAUGCUCUUGAUCAAGAAGUCAUAGAAUGCCACUCUUUUCAUCAGCUGGAUACACAAGGCAGAAGAUUAGUUAAUGGAGACAAAAUGCAAUGUCCAUUUCUGAGAGUAAAGGCUUCGAGGCAGUAG